GGGAGAACUUCUCGAAAUGGUUUGGCUCAAACUUCGAAGCGUUGGCUGCAGCUUACGCAGCCCAUGACUCGAACAAAUACCUAAAUCUUUAACAGGAUCCGCAUAGGUUGAUCACGUGCAAUCGCACUCACCUGUGACUCAAGCUCAUCGAUCUUCCGUAGAUGGUGAUCGUCAUCUAGGGAAAUGAAGGAGAAGCUCUUAAUACCGUCUCUCAUCUUCCUCUCUCUGUCUUUCUCCACUCUCCUUUCCUCCGCCGUCGCCAGGGGUGGCGAACGUACCUCUCUCCCCUCAGGAUUCGGAAAUGGUAUUAAUCUGGCUUCUGGGAGGCAUUUAUUCGAGAACAAACAGUCUCAUAUUGGUGUCGAUAAAACUCAAGGGUACAUGACCAAUAAUGAUUUAGAGAAGGCUGUGAAAGAAUUCGGGAGAAGAUGCAGUAACAUUUCUAGGGUAUACAGGGGAUACUCAAAUGGUUUAUCACUUAUCAGUAUUGGGAUGAGUGUGAAUGGAUUUCCCCUGUGGGUGAUAGAGAUAUCUGACAAGCCUGGUGAGGAAGAAGCUGAACCGGCAUUCAAGUUCAUAGGAAAUGUCCAUGGAGAUGAACCUGUGGGCCGUGAGCUUCUUAUAAUCCUUGCAAAUUGGAUAUGUGACAACUAUCUGAAGGAUCCUUUGGCGCGAUUGAUUGUUGAGAAUGUUCAUCUUCACAUUCUUCCGUCAAUGAACCCUGAUGGUUAUGCGCUAAGAAGGCGUGGUAAUGCAAAUAAUAUUGAUCUAAAUCGAGAUUUUCCUGACCAGAAGCCAUUUACUAACUUGGAAUGUCAGUUCUUUCCUAUGAAUGAAGAAGUGGAUGCACGGCAACCUGAAACAAGGGCGAUUAUGAAUUGGUUGAAACAGAUACGCUUCACAGCAUCGGCCAGUUUGCAUGGGGGUGCACUUGUUGCAAAUUACCCAUGGGAUGGCACACAUGAUAAAAGGAAAAAUUACUAUGGAUGUCCUGAUGAUGAUGCAUUCCGGUUCAUGGCAAGUUUGUACAGUCACUCUCACCGUAACAUGUCUUUGAGCAAGGAAUUUCCAGGAGGAAUUACAAAUGGAGCCUACUGGUACCCUAUAUAUGGUGGCAUGCAAGAUUGGAAUUAUAUACAUGCUGGGUGUUUUGAAUUGACCUUGGAGAUUAGUGACAACAAAUGGCCUAAUGCCAGCGAGCUUACAACUAUUUGGGAUUACAACAAAAUGAGUUUGCUAAACUUAGUUGCCAGCCUUGCGAAGACAGGAAUACAUGGAAGAAUCUUUUCAUCUGAUAAUGGAAGGCCAUUACCCGGCUCUAUCAUGAUUAAGGGAAUCAAUUACACGGUUCAAGCUGGUAGAACAUUUUCUGACUACCAUCGCCUGCUUGCACCUGGAGAAAGAUACGAAGUUAUGGUCAAUGUGCCUGGAUAUAAAUCAAAAACCACACAUAUUUGGUUGGGAGAAGAAGCCGCGACAGUAGAUUUCAUUCUUGAUCCAGACGUCAUAACCAAUGUUCCUGUAAGAAGUAUUUGUGAUUGCAGCUAUUGCUAUAAAAGUGGAGUAGAAUACUCGUUGGGGCUUCACUUUGGAGUUUAUUUCAUUGUGAUUGUUUUCUUAGCACUCAUUUACCUGUUAGUAAACAGGAGAAUGAAAUUCAACCUUUUUAAGCAUGGACAGCUGACAAAAAGGUUGGCUACGGUAUGACACUCUCACUGUUACCUUCAAUGUAACUCUGUACCAUAUAACAAUAAAAAGAUAUGUUUUUUUUAGGACUAAGAAAA